AGGAAAUAGCCGUUGAACUGAAUCUGAGAGGAUCAGAUUGACUUUGUUGCUUCCCAAAUUUCAGUAAUUUAACUGCAUACGAAAAUGAAACAAACAGCCGUCAUAAACUUCAAGUGUGUGCUGCUCAUAUUUUUGUUGACAUUUGACUGUAAUGCACAGGUGAAUGAAGAAGAUACUGAGCAGCCUCCAGAAGACUCUGGAGCUGAAAACACUUUCUUUGCCUUGCGGAGUUGUCACCGGUUGCUAUACAGUGACAGUGGUGAGUUUUUCUCCCCGGACUACCUAUGCUCCAAUCCUCCCCUGUGGUGCAACUGGACAAUCCAGGUGGAUCCGAGUAAAAGGAUUCAUCUCUACCUGGAGGAUUUGACCCCUGAUGACAUCUGUAACCUCAAACAGGACCAAAUCCACAUUGACGAGCCAGUUGGAGAUCUAGCGGGACACAAAGUCUUACAGAAGUGCUGGCAAGAGGCCAAAUACACCACCUCCUCCAAUAUUCUGUAUGUAGUGCUACUGAUUAGUGGCUGGCCCAACCCCCUGUACAGGGGCUUUUAUGGUCGCUACCAGGCAUUUGGAUCGCCAGUCAUUUAUAACCCAGGGGAAGGCUUUACAGAGACAAGCAAUGAGUCAGAGACAUCUCCUGGGCUGAUGGACUUCAGUGAAUCUGGACCAGGUACAAAGAGGGAACAAUUAGCAAGAAUGACUGAGCUACCCACGGAGCCCAAGAUGCCUGCAGACACAAACACUUGGGUGGAUGAAAACAACCCUCUGUCCUUGUCUGGGAACUACACGACCAUGCCAACUGCAUCAGUGUCCACCCAAAGGACCUUCAGAUCAGGGAGAGGUAUCACUCACACCCAACUAGAAGUCACCACUGACACUACAACAGCAAAACAAAUGAAUGAGGAGGAAUCUACUGUUGCAGAGGAUGAGACCACAACUCUGAGCUGGACAGUGAAGGAGAACAUAACAGAGGUCAGUCAGACCUCAGUCCAGCUUUCCCCAUCCUCUGACAGACAAGAAAUACAGCACGCUGAUCACACUCAUCCUCAGCCUAACAUGGUGGAGCCACUGUCGGACCACAGAGCGAACUCAAACAUGAAAAAUGACUCAGAAAUUCAACAUUUUCCUGGUGAUCACCUGUUUGAAGUGGCCAUAGAGAUCAACUUUAGUCAGGAUUUGCUGAAGUCUUGGGACAACCUGGCCAGAUCACUGCUGCUUUCAGUAAAAGCUUUGAUCAGCAAACAGCUGGAGGCUCUGCAUGCACAACUGUCGGUGUCUUCCAAAAGAAUAAAAAGGUUGCAUGCAGGAGUGCUGUACAUCCUCUGGCUGCAAGUUAGACAGGGACCUAGAGGCAUGCAUGUCCACAGGGGCAUCCACUCUGCUCUCCAGGGGCUCAUUGAAGUUGAUGCCAGUGGCAAAGGAAAUCUGAGAAAGGCAAUCAUUAUGUCUGUGUCGACUGCAGAUGUUAAUGAGUGUGGGACCCAGCUUGCUCAAUGUGACUUCAAUGCAGACUGUGUGAACCAGUUUGGCUCCUACUCAUGCCAUUGCCGGGCAGGCUUUCAGGAUAACUCCCGCCUGGGAUCAGGAGGAACCAUCUGUGUGGACAUGAAGGCUGCAGGUUGCAGCUCACGCCUGUCCACUGAAGCCAAAGGUGUAUACGUCCUUUUCUUCCUGCUCAGCUCACUAAUUCUUGCGCUGCUGGUGGUUGCUGGCAUGUUCUACCAUCGUCACCACCGGGGAAAAUUCCUAGUUCGCUGCCACAGCAACAGCAGCUUAUCCCCUUCUGACCCCAACAACAACCACCAGCAUCCUGAGGAAAACUACUCCAAUCCCGCUGACUCUGACCCGCCUCCCCCAUCUCCACCUGCCUGGGGUCCCAGAGAGUGCUGGGGCCAUGUAAAGGAGCAACGGCAAGUUGUGGAUCUGCAGCUGCUGCGCUUCAAUCUGCUGCACCCUCCAGACCGCUACAUGGAUCAGCAGGAGGGUGUGAACAGUCAAUGAUAAUUAAUCUUAAUUAUAUUCAGUAAAAUGUCUUCUUUAAAUUUACUUUCGUUUUUUUUGUCUGCAUUUUGCACUAUUUGUAAAUUGCACAAUUAAAGGCACAAUGAAAAGCA